UUUGUGUGCUAGGUGAAUCAAGGCCCCUUGAGAGACCAAAAAGUAAUGUUGGGCUAUAAAUGAAACCAAAGCCUCAUGCCUUCCUUCAAUAUCCUCCCCUUAGAAUCCUUUUCAAGAUGCAGCAGCUAGAUGUUCACGGCAAAGUUAUUCUCACACUCCUUUUGGCUUCAUCUCUGGGAUUGACGGUCAAGGCAGCCAUCCAUUACCGCCGGCGGAAGAUUAACCCGGAGAACGAUCUGAGUUUUGCUCCACGCCUGGUGAGAACCGGGUCCGGCCGUGUCGGAAAGAUUGAAAGGUUCGCCCAUUACGUAGCUAGGCAAAUGGGAUUUCCAGACCCAGAUGAGUGUCCCCGGUUCUGCAAAUUAGCUUAUGACUAUCUCAAGAAAUCAAAAGGGUGCAAUCAAAACAUCUAUGAGUACUUUUCAAGCCUACCAGACGCAAAGUCUCUCUACAUAAAACUGGUAGAGGAGUUUGAGAGGUGUUUCCUUAGUUAUUUUGCAUUUCACUGGACCCAAGCUUCUUUUAUGAUCAAUCAGGUGCUGAGUGUAGAGUCUGAUGAGCAGAAGACGAAGCUCAAGGACUUUGUGAUGGCAGCUACAAGGAAACAGAGGUUUGAGAAGGUGACGAAGGACUUGAAAGUGAAGAGGGUGUUCCAUACACUGUUGGAGGAGAUGAAAGCCAUAGGGGUGGCGCGAUCUAGUGGUUGCACAGAGGUGAUGAUGCCGGUGGCCCUCAGUGAGAGGAGCCCAGUGCUCCUCCUCAUGGGUGGUGGGAUGGGUGCCGGCAAGAGCACCGUCCUCAAGGAGAUUAUGAAAGACGCAUUCUGGUCAGGAGCAGAAGCAAACUGUGUGGUAGUGGAGGCAGAUGCUUUCAAAGAGACCGAUGUCAUUUACAGAGCCCUUAGCUCUCAUCGCCAUGACAUGCUUCAAACUGCUGAGCUGGUGCACCAAUCGUCUACUAAUGCAGCAUCAUCACUCCUUGUGGCUGCACUGAAUGAAGGCCGUGAUGUAGUCAUGGAUGGCACCUUAUCAUGGGAGCCCUUUGUCCAGCAAACAAUUGCCAUGGCUAGGAAUGUUCAUAAACGCCGUUAUCGAAUGGGGGUUGGCUACGACGUGGCGGAGGAUGGAACUGUCACUGAAAAUUAUUGGGAAGAGGUACCACUUGAAGAAGAAGAGGAGCAACAAAAAGAAAAUGGACAAGUAGCAAGGAAACCAUACAGAAUAGAGUUGGUUGGAGUGGUCUGUGAUCCUUUUCUAGCAGUUGUCAGAGGCAUCAGGAGAGCCAUAGAGACAAGAAGAGCAGUGAGGGUGAAUGAGCAAGUGAAAUCCCACAAGAGAUUUGCAAGCAACUUUCAGAGUUACUGCCAACUUGUCGAUAAUGUCAGGCUAUAUUGCUCCAAUGCCAUGGGCAGGCCACCCGCGUUGAUAGCAUGGAAAGAGGGAGGCAACAAGCUACUGGUUGAUCCUGAAGCAAUCAAAUGUUUGACAGUAAUCAGCACUUCAAAUGAAGAUGCAGAGAACAUCUAUGAGCUUUACAAGCAGCCAAACCUCGUACAUGAAGAGGGUUCGGUUUGGAAAGACAUUGUUCUGUCACCUUCCAGAGUGAGCCUUCAACUGGAGCUCAGAACAUCUAUUCAGAAAAUCGAAAACUUGAAAGUAAAUGGUAGUACCAAGGGAAGUAAUACGACCAUGGCCUAGCUCAUCAAACCAACUUUCUGAUUUUGGCCAUGGUUAUGAUCAGGCUGCGAGCUGGUUAAUUCCUCUGUUUUGAAAAAUGCCUUGAUAUGGUUUUCUUUCACUGACAGCAAAAUCAUGUAAUGGAGUUUGAACAACCCAAUGGCUGCUGGAGUUUGGAUCUUAUGAGAUGAAUAUAAAUAUGUACAUACAGAUCUAUGUGAAAUUUCUGUUGGUAUUCUGCAAA